AAGCCAUUUUAUUAUUGUAACAGCAAAGGUGCAGGUGCAUCUAUAUCUAUUUUUUAUAGUUACAGUUUUAAUUUCAGAAGUCACGAUAUCAUGGGGCAGUGUGGAAUUACGUCAUCCAAAACCGUCUUGGUUUUUCUAAACCUCAUAUUUUGGGCUGCCGCUGGAAUUUUAUGCUACAUUGGAGCCUAUGUGUUUAUCACAUAUGACGACUAUGACCACUUCUUUGAAGAUGUGUACACUUUGAUUCCUGCUAUAAUAAUAAUAGCUGUCGGCACUCUUCUCUUCAUCAUCGGCCUGAUUGGUUGCUGCGCAACAAUACGUGAAAGCUCCUGUGGUCUGGCAACGUUUGCUGCUAUUCUCCUGCUGGUGUUUGUAACAGAGUGUGUGGUGGUGGUGCUUGGCUACAUAUACAGGGCAAAGGUAGAAGAUGAAGUGAAUCACUCCAUCCAGAAGGUUUACAACGAGUACAACGGCACCAAUACUGAUGCUCCCAGCCGCGCCAUUGACUAUGUGCAGAGGCAGCUUCACUGCUGCGGCAUUCACAACUAUUCUGACUGGAGGAACACACGCUGGUUUAAAGAAUCCAAGAACAACAGUGUCCCAGUCAGCUGCUGUCAGCCCAGCAUCACUAACUGUACCGGCACUCUCACUCGACCCGCAGAUCUCUACCAAGAGGGAUGUGAAGCUCUUGUUGUGAAGAAGUUAAAGGAGAUCAUGAUGUAUGUCAUAUGGGCUGCACUCACUUUUGCAUCUAUACAGAUGCUGGGCAUGCUCUGUGCCUGCGUGGUGCUGUGCAGGAGGAGUCAUGACCCAGCGUAUGAGCUGCUGGUCACAACCAACAGCUAUGCAUGAAAGAUGCAACCAGUCAACAAAGCACUCAGAAAAUCAAAAGGAGCGUCACCGGACAUGUCCACAGUAGAUUUCAGCUGUAGUUAUAUAAGCUCAAGCACACCUUGCACAAUUCAUGAUAAAGUAGCCAACACUGAUGAUGUGGUUUGGGUGGGCGGGGGCUUCAAGGGGAAACCAGUUAUUUAUUGACAUGCUUUGUAAGUUACUGUUACUUUAAAUGUUGUUUUUUUUUGUCUCUCAUAAAUACUGAACUAUUUACAGAAGCCAAAGUUGUAUAUGGCUAAUUGACAUUAUUGAUGUUGAUGCAGUUUUUUUCUUUUAAUUGUGGUUACAUAAGAUUUUGCCUCAUCCCCAGUGAGGAUGAUGAGAAGUCAUUUUGGAGCAUAUGUGUGAAGUUAUGUUUGGGAGUGUUUUAUGGAAUGUAUUUCCUUGUGUGCUAGUUUGCACAACGGCUGGAGCUCUGAAGAUGUUUCAUGGUUGUUUAAAUGGAAACUAUGCUAAAAAGAACAUGUACACUAUUCCUAAGGAAGAGGUUUGACCACAGUGUUUUAUCAUAGAAAGAACAGUUUCAAUGUUUUUAUCGGUCUAAUAAUUUUUGUUACUGGAGCAAAACUGCAUUUUUGGUACAAAUAUUCAGGUUGUGAAUAAUGUACAUUCUGUUUUGGUGCGGAUGUUUUCUGAAUCGGACUUCAAUAGUGAGGUAUUGCCAAUAUAUAAAUUGUGAAUGAACCUUUUAGUCUCUAAUGCUAUUAUUAUUAGUAUUGUCAGUGUUACCUGAAGACCUGUGUAUGUGUAGAUUUACUUUGUUACAGUCAGAUAAUUCCUUCUGUUCUUUAGUUAUAAACAUAUGAAGAACCAUGACACAUUAUUUUAUACAUUUUUGUGAAUUUGUGCACUGUUUUAAUAUUUUUGAGCCGUUAAGUUGACUAUUAAAUAUUUAGCUAGUGCCACAGGGAAAACAAUAUAUAACAAACAAAACUGUGUAUAGACUGGAGAGCAGGCAGGACACAAAUAAACUCAUACAUUUCAA